GCUACCCUCAAUCCCUAAUCUGAUUUUGCAUCGUCUUUUCUUCUUCUUGGAUCUGCUCGCCAUCGCUGCUCCCCCUCUGCAACCUCCGACCUCCUCUCCUCUCAUCAUCUCUUCUCUUUCCUUUUCCCUCUCCUCCACAACCCUACACCCGUCGCCCCAUCCAUCCCCCUUCCUCCCUCGGUCAUCCCCCUCCUCCUCUGCACCCUCUGACCUCCUCUCCUCUCCUUCUCUCUUCCCUUUCCUUUUCCCGCUCCUCCGCACCCCUGCGGACGCCGCCCCAUCCAUCACCUUCUUCCCUCCGCAUCUCUGCACCCGCCUCCCCCUCUUUCCCUCUCCUCUGUCGCGGUGCUUCCUCCUUCCUUUGCCAGGAGCCAAUAUCCAAAGAAAUGGCACAAAAAAGGAUGCGGAUUAAUUGGAAGCUAGAAGGAAAAUUUGCAGCUUGGUUAAAGCUUAAAAACAAAACCGGGAAUGUGUAUGAUCCACUUACAAACACUUUUAACUUGUCAGAAGAAGAGUGGCAAAUUGAGAUGAAGUGUAACAAGUAUGUAGAAGCUUUGAGAAGUGUGCUACUUGCUUACCCCGAGCUUUGUUGUCAAUUGUAUGAGGGGUCUACUUCAAAUGGGUUUGCUAGUUGGGGGCCAAGUUCUAUGCUUCCUCAUCCUUCUAAGGAAGUGUAUGAGCACAAGUUGGAUGAUAUGGAUGUUGUGGACGUUGAAUGCACUCAAAUGGAUUCCCCAGAUAAGUAUUACCUUCGUGACGCUGCGUACACCAACACUCGUGGAUUUAUGACUCCCUACCGUGGAACGAGACCUCUUACUGAUUCAGCUCUUACUGGUUCAGCAAUUACGGCCCCUUAGUGUUCAUAUAUCAUUUGAUUAUAUUGUCAUUUUAUCAUUCCGGUCAUAUGAUUUUACUUAUUACUCCUUCCCGAAUUAAACUGCAUAUUCUUGUUUAUGAUAUUUGCCAAAACUCAUUUUCAAUUGAAUUUAUUUAACAAUUGGGACGAAGUUUAUUUUUUUUAUAUACUUUAAAAUUACGCAAAAACUCUACAAAACAAAAAGUUACAUUAAUAAAUUAUUUUAAUAAAUGAAUAGCAAAAAUAAGU